AUGGAUGCACAUGCGAAAAGAUUUUUAUGGAAUUGUAUAUUCGCAUUAACUUGUAAAGAUCAUAAAUCAGUUGUAAUAACAUCCUAUUCAGUGGAAGAAUGUGAAACAUUAUGCAAUCUUAGUGGAGAAUUCAAAUGUCUCGGCAGUGUACAACAUUUAAAAACAAAAUUUGGUCAUGGUUAUAAUAUACUUUUUCGAUCAGAUAUUAAUAGUGAUACGAAAAAUGUCAUUAAUUAUAUAAAACAACAAAUACUAGAAACUGAUGCUAAACAAGAACAUAAUAAAAUGAUACAUUUUCGUGUAUCAAGAACUGUUCUAUUAGUUACACAAAUAACACUUGCUGAUGUAUUUAUUAAUUUUGCUAAAAUACAAGAAGGAAAUCAAACAUUAAAACAAACUUAUAAAACACAAAAAUAUUAUUAG